AGUGCUCGCAUAUUGGGUACGUGUGGAAUAUUUGGAUCCCCUUUAUCAAUAUUUGUGGGAAAAGAUCUGUUUAAACAAAGGUGUCCAUCAUUCCCAUGCUGAAAUGAAGAACAAAGGAUUACUACCGGUUUCUUUUGGACUGGAGGCUUUUCUCUUCGUCUUUCUAAUGGCGCACACCGCUAAUGGAGACGUGAGUUAUUCUUUUCCGGAGGAGAUGAAACGCGGAUCUGUGAUUGGAAAUAUAGCAAAGGAUCUCGGGCUUGAUGUGAACAGACUCUCAUCUCGUAAGGCUCGCAUUGAUACUGAAGGAAACAGAAAACGAUUCUGCGACAUUAAUCUGAAUACUGGAGAACUGACCGUAGCGGAGAGGAUCGACAGAGAGGGGCUUUGUGGAAAGAAAUCUUCAUGCGUAAUAAAACAGGAGCUCGUGCUGGAAAAUCCUCUUGAAUCUUAUCAAAUUGACAUCAAUGUUAAAGAUAUAAAUGACAAUUCUCCUCUAUUUAAAAGAGAUCUAAUUAAACUCGAAAUUACAGAAUCUGCCGUUAAAGGCGCUCGUUUUGUAUUGGAGGAAGCCCACGAUGCAGACAUAGGGACUAAUUCAGUUCAAAAUUACAUUUUAGCUCGGAAUGAAUAUUUUGAAUUGACUGUUACUGCGAAAACAACGGGGAAAUUUUACGGUGAAUUAGUAUUACAAAAGGAAUUAGAUCGCGAGCAGCAGCAUGAGGUCAGAUUAAUUGUCACUGCGGUUGAUGGCGGGACUCCACCGAGAUCAGGUACUGUAGCCAUACACGUCACUGUACUGGAUGCUAAUGAUAAUGCUCCAGUCUUUAGUCAUGCCGUCUAUAAAGUCAGUGUGCCUGAAAAUUCUCCUGUAGAUACUGUAGUGGUUACUGUGAGCGCUACUGAUGCUGACGAGGGACAAAACGGAGAGGUGACAUAUGAAUUCGGACAUGUUACAGAAAAUGAAAUGACAAUAUAUUCUCUAGAUCCAAAUAAUGGCAAAAUAUCAUUAUUAGGGUCUCUUGACUAUGAGGAGGAAUCCUCCUUUGAGCUGCCGAUUCAAGCCACGGAUGGAUUGGGAAUGGUAUCGUAUGCUACUGUAGUUAUUGACAUAUCUGACAUAAAUGACAAUGCUCCAAUUAUAGUAAUUAAAUCACUGAAUAGCCCUAUUCCAGAGAAUGCGUCACCCGGUACAGAGGUUGGCAUCAUUAAUGUGCAGGACAGAGACUCUGAGAAUAACGGACAGGUGCGCUGCUCCAUUCAGCAAAACGCCCCAUUUAAACUCGUACCUUCAAUCAAAAAUUACUAUUCUCUGGUGACCACAGGUGAAUUAGACCGCGAGCUGGUGUCUGAUUAUAACAUCACAAUUACUGCUACUGAUGAGGGCUCUCCACCUUUAUCUUCCACUAAGAAUAUUCACUUCACUGUAGCGGACGUGAAUGAUAACCCACCUGUAUUUGAAGAGCAGAAUUACAGAGCUAAUGUGCAAGAAAAUAACAAACCGGGCUCCUCUAUUUGUUCAGUAUCAGCUACAGACCCGGACUGGAGACAGAAUGGCACUGUAGUUUAUUCUCUGUUGCCCUCUGAUGUCAAUGGCGCACCGGUGUCCUCCUUUUUAUCCAUUAACGGAGACACCGGGGUCCUUCAUGCCGUGAGGUCGUUUGAUUACGAGCAGUUGAGAAGUUUUAAAGUGCUCGUGUUAGCCAGAGACAACGGAUCUCCUCCUCUGAGCAGUAACGUGACCGUGAGUGUCUUCAUAACGGAUGAGAAUGAUAACUCCCCUCAGAUAUUAUACCCCUCUCCGGAAGGGAACUCCUUCAUGACCGAGAUGGUCCCCAAAGCUGCGCAGGGGGCUCUCUGGUCUCCAAGGUGA